AUGUCGUCCAACAUCCCCACCUCCACCUCUGUUCUCGAGAGCGUCGUCAUCAAGGCGCCCCUCUCCCACGUCUGGCACUUCAUCAAGCUGCAGGACUUCUCCAAGUUCUGGACUGCCCUGUCCAAGUCCGAGUUCGUCAAGGGCGCCAACGAGGAGGCCGACCUCGUCAAGUGGACCUUCAAGGAUGGAAGCGUCUAUGAGGUCAAGCAGGAGGAGCACUCUUCCAUCAACCACACCAUCACCUACAGCAUCAUCACCUCCAGCCCUGAGCUCACCUACUCCAGCGUCCUGAGCACGAUCCGCCUGCACGCUGUCACUGCCGGUGCCCACGGUGGAAGCACCUACGUCGAGUGGAGCGCUCAUUUCUCGAGCGACGCCACUGCUGAGGUCAUCUCUGAUGCUAAGUACAAGCGCAUCGAGGCGCUGCGCGACCUCGAGCAGGCUGCCAUCAAGGCUUAA